AUGGUGGAACAAGAUCCCCAUGAAGUCCGCCAGCUGGUGCAGACCUUAGAAGCUGCCAGCAAAAGAAACAGAAGCGAAUCGAAGAAAACCUUUGGCUGCAAGAAGUCAACAUUUGUCGUUGCUGGGGCAGAUGAUAUCAAAGUGCACUCGUGGCGGUUCAUGGAUUGGGAUUAUAAGAGAUCGGAUCUACCGACAUACGCUCGCGGUCUGUUUACCACGAAACUCAAGGAUGGACGUGAUGAAAUAUGUAUUCGGGGCUACGACAAAUUCUUUAACAUAGAUGAAGUAAACGAUACCAGAUGGCGCAACGUCGAGACUAACACGCGGGGCCCGUAUGAGCUCAGUGUCAAGGAAAACGGUUGCAUCAUAUUCAUCUCAGGCCUGGAAGACGGCACUCUUCUAGUGUGUAGCAAGCAUUCAACCGGUAGCCGGGGUGACACACCACUCAGUCACGCACAAGCUGGCGAGCAAUGGGUUGAGAGACACCUCAGCAAAGUCGGCAAAACAGUUAAGGAAUUGGCUUUAAAGCUACGGCAGAUGAAUGUUACCGCUGUGGGUGAACUUUGUGACGACCGAUUUGAAGAGCAUGUCCUUGCCUACGACGAAGACGCCGCCGGAAUCUAUCUCCACGGCCUCAACUAUAAUCUCCCCGAAUUCACAACGAUGUCCGGCUCAGAAGUACAUAGGUUUGCCGAUGAAUGGGGAUUCAAGAAAGCCGAAUUUGUUGUCAUGGAUAACAUAAACGAAGUCAAGGACUUCCUGGACAAAUGCACCGAGACCGGGUCAUGGAAUGGUCGAGAUACCGAAGGUUUCGUGAUUCGUUGUCAAUUGGGAAAUAGCAAGUCCGGCGAAUACAGAGACUGGUUUUUCAAAUACAAGUUCGAGGAGCCAUACCUGAUGUAUCGACAGUGGCGCGAAGCCACAAAAGCAGUUAUUGCAGGAAGGGUUCCCAACAUCAGGAAGCACAAAAAGAUUACUGAAGAGUAUCUGAUCUAUGCUCGACGACAGCUGGCCAAGGAUCCUAAGAUAGGCAAACUAUACAACCAAAAUCACGGCAUCAUUGCUAUGAGGCAAGGAUUUCUGGACGAGAGGGGGCUGAAAGGCUCGGAGAUCAUUGCAAUGGAGAGGGAAGGAGACGACGUGGAGCCCGCAGCGAAGAAUUUUGUCGUUGUUCCUGUUGCAUCAAUUGGAUGCGGCAAGACAACCGUUGCUUUAGCAUUGGCCAAACUUUUUGACUGGGGUCAUGUCCAGAAUGAUAACCUGGGUCAGCAGAAGAACAAGGCCAAAAAGUUUGCCCUGAUGGUGACGAAUUCACUAGCAGCUCAUGCUGCUGUGAUAGCAGAUCGGAACAAUCAUCAAAAACGGGAGAGGAAGCAGAUUAUCGACGAUGUGACGGAGAUUGUUCCAGACGCCAAGUUUAUUGCAUUACACUACGUGCAUGAGCCAAAGGGAUUGUUGCUAGAUGAUAUCCGAAGAGUUACCCGCGAGCGUGUCCUUACACGAGGCGAUAACCAUCAAACCAUUCGAGCAGGGAGCAAGGAUACUGGGGAGAUCAUUGGAAUAAUGGAAGGGUUCCUGCAGCGAUUUGAGGCUAUCGACACGGAUCGGGAACCAGACAUGUACUUCCACGAGGUUAUUGACCUCGACGUUGCAGAUUCAUCUCGUGAGAACCUGGAGAAGAUUGUUAACCGGCUACACUCUGUUUAUCCAAACCUCGUCAAGCGAGUUCCAGAUAGCGCUGAAUUAGAUGCUGCUAUCGCCUCGGCGUUGGAGGACUAUCACGUCCAGACCGAUCUUAGCUGGGGAAAUAGCAAGAAAGCAGAGAAGAAGAUGGAGAAGGCGGCCAAGAAGAAUGACAACCACGCCAGUGCUGCUGCUACUCAGAACAAAAGCCAGGAUCCUAUAGUGGCUGUCAAGAAUCUCGAAUAUUUCGGGAUCUUAGUACCCUCAUCGGACAUUCAGCAACUUCUGACGACGAUAUUCAACGACAACACGAAUGGAUCCGCAGAACGGAACAAGCUGUACCAUCAUCUCAAGAACUCGCGCCGUAUCCAGCCCAGUUUCCACGUCACCCUCAUCCAUCGUGCACACAGCAAAGAACAACCACAGAUCUGGGAACAAUACACAGAUCUAUACAUAAGCCGAAUGAACGAGCGCGUCUCUCAAUGUCUACCCAUCAACCCACCGACAAAACUAGCUGAUGCCCGAGUACGCGUCGAACGACUGGUAUGGAACGACGCGAUCAUGGCCUUUGUCGUGCGAAUACUCGCAUCAGACGAGAAGAAUACUACGAACGGGCAGGAAAAGCUCCCUUCGUCCUGGCCAUGCGUUAAUACUGUGCCACAUAUCACAGUCGGCACGGCGAAUCCAGAGGUCAAGCCCAAACAGAGUAAUGACUUGUUACAGAAAUGGCUCCAGGUUGGUUCGGGUGGUGAUACGGGGAUUUGGGAGGUGGAGGUACCUGGUGUCAAGGUUUUGGAGGGGAGUGUGCUGCCUGUUAUGAUGAGGGGGAAGUAACACUUCCUCUAGAUGUGUUGGUAUGGAUUUAGAAAUAUUAAAAAUUGCAUGUCUUCUCAAUGGUUAUAUCGAUUAAUUGAGGGUACAUGAACUCACUUUCUCCGUCCACGGCUGAAAGACAAUCAAUGGACAACCGAAUAACAGUAAUAUACAAACCGAG